GCUCGCGAGCGCAGCGCGCUGCUCCGAGAGCGAGCGCAGCUGUCGGCCAGCCUGCAGGCGGCGUGGGCGGAGGCCGAGGCGAUGCGGUCGGGAAGCGCGGCGCAGCUGUCGGCCAGCCUGCAGGCGGCGCGGGUGGAGGCCGAGGCGAUGCGGUCGGAAAGUGAGGAGGCCCGCGCGCACCGCGAGAAGGCUCGGGAGGAGCGCGAGGCCGCUAAGGUUGAGCUGGCCCGCCUGCACGAGAGGCUACAGAUGCUCCAGGCCGAGAAGGAGGAGGAGGCGAGGAACCUGCGCAAGCAGCUGUCUGCAUACGCGACCGAGAUAGACAAUUUGCGGGCCAAUCAGCGCGAGAAGGAGCUCGAGCUCAUGGAGCACGCUGUGCGCCUGGAGGAGGCGGAGGGCCGGCUGACGCCGCGCAGUGCGGAGAGGCUGAUAGGAGACGCGAGGGAACGAAGCGAGAUCUUCGCGGAGAGCGAGAUGGUGAUGAAGGAGCUGUCGGAGCAGAUGGUCAUGCAGACCAUGGACUUCAGACGCCUCAUGGAGCAGCUGAAGGGGGAGCUUCACGGCACUGACGGGCGGCCAGGGCUGCAGCACCGCCUCAGCGCUUGCGAGCGGGACCUGGAGGACGUGCUGCAGGCGGCGGACUUCGCCAGGAUGAGCACCGACGAGUGGCGAGCCGGCCACGAGCGCCUGGAGCAGCACAGCUUGGACCUCAGAAGGCAGCACGAUCACACCAUGCAGCAGUGCUUCGAGCACCAGGAGGCGCUGCGCGCGUGGCGCGAGCUGGACCAGAGGAGGAGGGAACGCCGCAGGUCGCAAAUGAAGAAGGACAACAAUAUCGCCAAGUACAUGGCCAAGGUCAUGGACGAAGAGGUCCACGUGGAGAAGGUCGGCUUCAAGACCAAAGAGAAGCAGCCUCGCAUUCUGCAGCUCCUGAACGACAGCGCGGGCCCGCGGCUUCUGUGGUCCAAGUGGCCCGGCAGCAGAGUCUCCGUCUGCAAGCUCGAUGAUGUCACCGCCAUCUUCUACGGCAUGACCUCCAUGAGUCAUGCGCGAGUGGACCCGGGAUCGGUGGACCCGACCAAGUGCUUCUCGCUGAUCACGCCCAAGCGCUCCUUCGACUUCAGCCGGACGAAGGACGAAGAAGUCGAGUGCUUAGUGCUCAGCAUCUCCAGGCUCUGCCAGAGAUCGAAGUCGAACGGCUUUCCAGUCGAGGGCGCGCUCGACAGUCACGCCGAGUUCAUAGCGGCGCGCGGGUGGUGCAAGGUGGAGAACCAGUGUCAGAAGAGGAACACCUCCCUGGCCUCUGCCAUGAAGCUCGCCAUCAAACGGGCGAGUCCCAGGGCGCUGAGACCUCGAGACCCCAAAGGGGCGGAGGGCGCAUCGUCGCGGUCGCCGCGGAGAUGA